AUGGAAGGUCAGGGAGAAAUUAAUUUAUCAAAUGCAAAGCUAUUACAAAGUAUUAAUACUCAAAAAUUUUUUAAUAAAUGCCAUUGCGACUAUGCCAAAGAGUUUUCUUUUCAAUUAUACAAAAAUGUUAAUACAAAAAACCAGUUUUUGAAACAUGUUAAUCUUUAUUUUGAUUAUAUUAAAAAUUUGAGUAAUGAUAGUAACUUAUUAGAUACUUUCAAUAGAUCACGUUUUAAUGGAUCUAAAAAUAUUUCUAAUCAAAAAGUAUUAAGAAAAGUAGUUAUUCACAGUUUUUACCUAUUUUACAAUACCAAUCAUUUAGAAAAAGAUGAAAAUGACGAAAAUCCAUCCAAAUUAAAAAAAAAAUCAACAGCAAAGAAAAAAAAAAUUAAUUUUUCACUUGAAACUUCUGAUCACAUUGCAAUACUAGAAAUAAUUUGUUUAAAAGCACAUGAUGAUAAAAAUAGUCUGAUUAAAUUACAUAUGAACAAUUUUGAAUUACUUAAAUCAAGAGAAAUUCUUUGUAAUGAAAUAUACAAUUUAAUAAAUUCAGGGAAAUACUAUUUUCAAAUAUUAAAUUUUAUGUUAACUGACAAGGGAAAUUUCCCUUUUAUUGAUUCACCAAAACUUUUUGAAAAUUUAGCUUUUUUAGGACCUAUACAUGCUAAAAGUUUAGAAGAAAUAGUUGAUUCAAAAGAUGAAACAUUUUUUCAAGAUACAAUUAAAGUAUUAAAGAAAUUAAGAUGUUAUAUGGAAAAUUUUGAUUUAUUUGAGGAAUUUUAUAUGAAAACUAUUCGCCGAAAAGUAAAACCUGAAUAUUUUAAUAUUUUUAGGGAAAAUGUAAGAAAUUUAUUUACAAGACUAAAGAGGCAAAACAAUUCAAAAGAACCUAUUUCAAUGACUACAGCUAUAGUUCAAUUAAAAAGGCAUGUUAAGAUGCGUUAUCAUCAAAAAUUAAUAGACAGUUAUUAUCUUAAUGAUGUUGCUUAUAUAAUUAUUUCUCAACAUCCUUCCCUUAAAAGUACUUUUGAAAAUUUAUUAGAAAAAGAAAAAGAUUUUGAAGAACUUUCUAGGUGGAAAAAGUUAUAUAUUAAAAAUGAUCCUUUUCCUCAAUAUUUUCCAUUCGAAGAUAAAAUUAAUGAUAGUUUGUAUGCUGAAAAACAAAACUACUUAACAUUACCAAAAGCUAUUGAUGCUAUUAAAAUAGCAAAUAAAACAGGUUUUACUAUAGUUGGAUUUGAUUGUGAAUGGUCACCAUUUACCAUAAAUCAAAGUGUAUCACUUAUACAAGUAUCACUAAAUAACACAUGUUUUAUUAUUGAUGCUUGUUAUGGAGAUCGUGAAUUAAUUGGAAUAAAACCAAAAGGAGAUAUUAUUGAACUUUUAAAAACUUUUUGUAAUGUUGAUGCAUUAUAUAAUCCUACACAUACAUUAUGCCUAACAGAUUUAAUUAAACGUUUUAAUGUUGCUGAUAGUAAAAAUUUUAAAAGUGAUAAUAAUGUUGAACAAAUUACUGGUAACAUUGAUUUUAUUGUACCCAAUUGGAAAGAAUUUUUUAGUGAAUUUAAUGAUAAAAAAAAUUCAAGAAAAAAAAAUAAUAAUAGUAGUGAGAAUAAAAAAAAUGAUGAAAAUAAAUCUGAUGUUGGAAUUGAAGAAGAUAUAGAUAUCAUACCUGACAAUGAAAAUCGACCAAGUUUAAUGGAACUUUCUAUAGUUAAUGAUGAAAUGGAUGAUAAUGAUACUUUAAAAAUUGAAGGUUCAUCAGAAGAUAACAAUUCCAUAAAAGAAAAAAAAUUAAAAAAAGAAAAGGAAGUGUUGACAGAUGUACAAAAAUUUGAUAGAGUAAUUACAUGUACUGGAUUAUCAAGAUUAUGUAAAUUAAUUUUGGGUAAAGAGCUUGAAAAAAUUGAACAAUGUUCAGUAUGGGAUAGGAGGCCUUUACGUAUGUCUCAAAUACGAUAUGCAGCAUUAGAUGCAGAGGCCAGUAGAAUGAUAUUUUUAAAAUUAGAAGAAUGGGGAAAAGAGUUAAAUAUUAAUGUUAGAAACAUUAUUUAUAAUUGUCCUAUAUUUACUCUUAAAAAAUCUAGAUUUAUUUCAAUUGAAUUUUAG